AUGGAUUGUGAGUCUAACAGAGAAUUGAUCGCUUAUUACCGAAGUGAACUGCUUAAGACGGUGAAUGAUCCUACAAAAGAUUCAAUAGUUGCAUGGAGCGAGAGCGGCAAGAGUUUCAUCAUUAGGGAUGAAGUGGAGUUUAGAAAAGCUGUUCUUCCGAGAGGGUGCCUCGUACACUUGGGCUUUUCACAAUCUCAUGAGCAAUGGGAAUAUACAUGCCCUUAUUUUAUGAGAGGUCAGCCUGACCUUAAACCGUCUCUCAUCUCAAAGAUUGAGACCACCACCAAGAAGGUCGUGGAUGAUGGACUUAUUCUCUUGAGCAGCCUUUCUUGCUACAAAGAGAUGUGGAGAAUUUACAAGAAGGAGCGUCCUUAUCUUUCCUCAUCAGUUCGACGCCGUCCUCUUUUCAUCCAUGACGUUUACGAUAUGGUGGAUGAUCCUUCAACUGAUUCAGUUGUCUCGUGGAGUGAGAGCGGCAAGAGUUUCAUCGUUUGGAAUGAAUCUAAGUUCCUCGGAGAUGUUCUUCCUAGUCGCUUACCCUUCGAUCACAAAGAUAUGACAUCCUUCACCACCUAUUUGCAUGCCAUUGGCUAUAGUAAAGUUGAAGAAUCUGAUCAUUGGGAAUACACAGCCGAUUAUUUGGUGAGAGGUGACCCUCUCCCCCGGGAUACAUCCCCAUGCACUUCCGAGGGUGUUAAAAUUACUCCAGAAUUUGCCAGAAUCCUCGAGAUGUCCUUUGCUUCCCCUAAGGCUUGCAAACAAUAA